AUGAGGCGCCAAGGCAAGGCACAUGAGUUGGGACCACUUAAAUUUGAGUCCAGCCGGGAUUUGCCGCGACCGCAAAGCCAAACCCAACUGGAUUUGCUGGACUCGUUGGACUUUGUCGCUGGAGACGCCGACAACUUUUCCUUCGAACUGUUUACCCUGAGCCUUGACGAAGACUCGAGCGCUGAACUUCAGAGCGAAUACGUCGACGAAUUACUCUCACCCGACUUCGACCUCCACACCCUCAACACCGCAAACCUCGACGAACCCUCCGAAUUGAACCAAUAUGGCAUGCUCAGCGGCACCAAUGUUUUAAGCCGUGCGCCAUUGUCAACGACCGACAGCAAUGGUUCAGCCCUCCAAAAUGGUCUCCCCAGCGCUACUGCCACCAGACUCAACGAAAGAUAUCCCUCAGACUUAUUCCCACGCGCCGGCAUGGAAGUCGCUACCGCAGCCAAUGCGCCUGCACCCGACGCGGUCAUGUCCGCCGAUACGCUCCCUCCGUUCGAAGGCGCGACCGAAUUUCCAGACGCGAUACCGCAAAGUCUCCCCAUUUCCACGAUUCCUGCCGAUCUUCCACCCCUCGAUGCCCCGAUCGCGCUUGAUCAGCCCAUGAGCGAUGCCUUUGCAGCGAGCUAUGUCCCUGACAUGACCGCAAUGCAGAUGUCUGACGUCCCCAUGAAUGAUUACGCGGUCACUCCCGAGGACCGCCUCAGCGCGUUCGCGCGUUUGCGCUUCAGCGAUGGGAACUAUUAUAUGCACACUUACCAGAUCAUCCUGGGCCGGAAUGUACAACUCGCACGCAAGGAUAUGCUUCGUCUCAAGCGAGCUAAAGAACGCGGUGACUCCGGAGGUGACACCAGCGGCAGGAAACGAAAACGAGGACAUCACCGCCCACGUAGCGUCAUAAGCAACACUGGAGGCAUCGUGAAUGCUGCCGUGGCUGCUCUACCUGUUGAAUACCAACAGCGCCGCCAAAGCGUUACCGAAAAUUCUCACGACUCAAAUUCCAACCAUGCAGCAGAUCCAAAUCAAGCCGAUGCUGUGGAGCAGGCGCCUCAGGAUGUCCUUAUGGAGGCUUUUGCCCCCGUGCCACAACAACUAGAAGGUCAUGUCCCAGAGAAUCCGCACGACUGUCCUACUGUGCCCAUUCAUCCUGCAGAUAUCAAUUCAAUGUCCACCGUACAAGGGCCUAAGGGCAUUUCUCGCCAACACGCAAAGAUAGCCUACAAUUUUGACAAGCGAUAUUUUGAGCUGGAAGUGCUCAGUAGGAACGGGCUGUAUCAUGAGGAUCGCUUCUACCGAGCGGGCGACGCGGUCAGACUCAAUCAUGGUGACACGAUCGUGAUUGGAGCUGUUGAUAUGACUUUCACUCUUCCCGAGGUCGCGCUUACCGACGAAGACAGAGCACGACAAGGUCCAGACUCCCGUCCAAUGAGUUUCUCCUUCGAGAAUGGCCAGGGUGAGCUCGAGAGUGACGAUAUGUACGACGAGUCAGCUAGUGAGGGUACAAGCGUGAAUCCAAGGCACAUUUUCUACAGCCUGCAUCCAUCAGAUUCUGAUAUGGAUGAUAUGGCCGAAGAUGAGGUGGAUGACGAAGAGGACGACGAGGACGAUGAAGACGACGAACCUCUCUCGCCUGUUCCAAGGCACAAGAAGAAGAAAUUCAUCAAGAAACCCGCAAUCAAACAGAAGCUCAAGAUAAGCCUAAAGAACAAGCCUCUGCCGCCACAACACUCGAGAAAGGAGAGCAAGAGCUUCCACAAGAGGAAGAUUAUCCGCGAGCCUUCGCCAGAGUCGCCAGAUGAGGAGCCUCUGGCCAAACGCGCGAAAAAGAAACCCAAAGAGGUUUCGGAAGAACCUCCAAAGGAGAAAGGAAAAGCUCCAGCAAAGACAGCCAACAAAAUACCAAUCAAGGAACCACCCAAGGCCAGCUCCCCUGAAAAACCAGAACCUCAGGAAACACCGAUGUCCGAAAGCCCUACGCUUGCUAAGAAGCCUGUGCUUGAAAAUGCUGCAACAGCCGACGAUACCGAGCAGGAUGGCAUCAUUACUGCUGAAAUUGCUAGGCAGCACGGUCUCCCUGACACGCUCAUAGGGCAAGUAUUGGAGAAACGUAAAGGCCCAGGACGCCCACCAAAAGAUGGCGUUAUGUCAAAACGUCAACGAGCACAGCUUAUCAAACAUCAUAAGGAGAUGGAGAAAGCUAAAGCUGCUGGCAUCGACAUUACAACAAUUCCUGCACCAGCUGUCAAACCAAAGAUUGCUCGUGCACGUAAAGACUCAACCUCGAAUGCCCUCGAAGGUGACGACGAUGACAUUCGGGAGAGUACCGAAAGGGGCGAAAAUGCAGCGAAUUCCACGGACAAGAAGCCAAACAAACCGAGUAAACCACCAAGGACACCAUCCCCCGAACUCAAGGUGGAGGAUUAUACUGAAGAACAGUUGCAACGACCGUCUGCUAAUUAUGUCGUGCUCAUUCACGAAGCGAUUAGUUCGUCUGCAACCGGUCAGAUGAAUCUGCAACAAAUUUAUAACUACAUUGAGAAGAAGUAUCCCUGGUAUAAAUUCAAGACCACCACGAGCGGCUGGCAAUCUAGUGUCCGUCACAACCUCGGUCAACACGACGCAUUCGUCAAAGGUGAUAAAGAGGGCAAAGGGUACAACUGGAAGAUCAACCCUGAAGUUUCCAUUGAAAAGGAACGCCGCAAAAGACAAGUCAGUCCACAGGCCAGUCAUGUUCCAAGACAAGGAUACUACCCUCCUCCGAAUGGUUAUCCCGCCUACGGACAGCCUGGCGCGCCCCCAUAUUAUCCAGGUCUCCCUCAAGGAAUUCCCAAUCCUGGUCCAAGACCACCACCUAGUGUCGAAUCCGUACAACCACGUCUACCACCCAGUCUCGCUCGUAAUGCGGCAUCGGCCACAGCACCCGCUUCUCAGGCUGCUCCAAAUCCCUCUCCGUACAGCUCACCUUGGGCUGGCGGUAAUCCUGCUGGCAGCCCAGCUGCCCAGGCUCCACCGCGCCCAUAUCCACAACACCCCAAUGCCCAAGCAACACCAGGCGGUGGCCCGCCGGCAGCACCAAAUGCAUCGGGACAGUACGGAGUGCUCAUGCCAACCAAUGGACCAUAUUCGGCCAGUCCCUAUGGCAAUCAGUAUGCCUCAACCGGCGCCAGUCCCUAUGCCAACGCAGCGAAUCGGACGUAUUCACCCUAUGCUGCUGCAGCAUCUUCGUCAGCAACACCACAGGCAGCUUCGGCGCCGUCACAAUACCCAAACUCCACAGCCUCUGCACAUAGUGCGAUACCGCAGCCUCCUCCAGCAAACACACAUGUCGGUCCGCACCCAUCGGGACGCUACCCAAUCUCAACGGAUCUGGCCGUGAUAACUCAACUCGAAGCUUUCCGUACGCAUUAUCUAGAGAAGACAACACUAGACAGGCGCCUUGAAGAAGUUAAAGUGGACAACGCUAUUCGAGCAGUCGUGAACCCUGGCAUAGCAACAGGUGUGACCGAUGAAGAACAGAGGCUAGUGAUCGUCUUGCAGAACUUCCUGUCACAAAUUGGUAUAAAACAACUACCUCGCGCCGAGACUCAAGAACCCAAGAAAGAUGUGGCCAUAAAGCAAGAAGAGACAAAUGGGAGACAUCCGAGUGAACCUCAAAUCCAGGCCAACACUACCAACGAAGUCAAGUCACAACCUCCACCACCGCCGGCAACAACAACUGCCAGCACCGCUGCCGCCAUCGCCGCCAGCGAUGCAGCAGUCGCUGCUUCGGGUCAGCCUCAGCAAUCCUCUUCUCAUACAUCUAGCCAGCCUCCCCAAGAGGCAGUUGCUAAUACUACUACGAAAUCUGAGUCACAAUCGUCGCCGUGGCCGCCCGCAACUUCUGUCAACUCCACCGCUGAAAAUCAGCCGAACGCAUCAUCUGCGGCCCCUGCUACAGGAUCUACUGUUAAUGGGACCAAUGUUGCUGUUCCAUCUCCUGUCAGUACGCACACGGCCAGGCCUAGUGUCGAGCCUCUCACGCCUGUCCCAGGCUCUCCUGCCGUCCCUGGUGGCUCUCUUGUCAAACAGGCCCUCACUCAAUUCAAUGAGCAAACAGAUAAUAAGGUCAGCGCACCCCAACCUACCACCGACGAUACCAAGGCGGGGGCACCCGAGAAUAGCAUAGCAGAGGCAGGCCAUGAUGACACUCCGAAGCAAGAAUAGAUCUUGCACGCUGCAAAGAUGCAAAGGGCUUGCACGAAUAUUUCAAUACCAGCUCAUAAUCACAAAAGUUUUCAGGUUGCCGUAUUAUAAUUUAGCGCUUUGUCAAGGGGGUGCACAGAUACCCGGAUCAGGCGCAUUCCAUUAGGCGUUUAGGGAGGAACCUUCUUCUUUCAUCUUACGUACAUAUAUUUCCUCGAGGAGGAUCCUUGCUUGCUAUGGGAUCAACCAAUACCAAUUCUACGACCGUUCACGCACACUAGCGGUGAGGGAAAGCGGAAAUUUCACGAGAUGCUGUUAUGCACGAAUGAGACGCACACUUCCCUCAUAUGGAUCAUUGAGAGGGAGAUGACGAACUGGUUUUGACUUUCCAGUUGUACACGUAGAUAGAUGAAAUGAAUUUAGCUCACUU